AGGUCAACUAUAACUAUACUCGACUGUAUCAGUUUUUGGAGUCGAGUUUUGACACGCCUAAUGAAACGAGCAAGUGCCAGCAAAUCCCCUCACUCCAGUUUCGUGACUUCUGACAACAAUAAGAUCCUCGACGCCCUUGGUUUAUAAAGUUGUGCUGCUGGAUCCAUGCUGGAGUCUCAGUGUCUCAACCGACUCAACUUAUCAGUAUGGAGAGCCUCGUAUUAAUCUUUCUUUUCUCUUUAGUUGUGAACGAUGUGUCUGUUGCUGAGACAGUUGAUGUGAAUGUAUCAGUGAUUGUCGGAGAUUCCAUCACUCUACAUACAAAUACUGAACUACAGAGUUAUGGAGUAAUUGAGUGGAGCUUUGGAGAAGAUGUCAUAAUCAGUAGUGAAUAUAAGAACAAAGUUGACUGUAACAGAGAGAAACUGCAGCUGGACUAUCAGACUGGAGAUCUCAAGAUCAGGAAAGUUAGAAUCACAGACUUUGGACUUUACCAACUUAUGAUCAACAAUGCCAAUGGGAUAGCAUACAAGACAUUCAAUGUGAGUGGUGUGAAUAAUCCGGUGUCCGAUGAAGUGAAGCUUGUACUGGAGAGAGACUCUGUCGUUCUAUCGCCGGGUCUUGCUGAAAUACAGAGAGAUGAUCAGAUAACCUGGAGGUUUAAAGGCACAGUCAUUGGUCAACUAAAAAAUCAAACAGCUGAAAUCUUUCCUGAUGUUCUUGAAAGAAGAUUUGAAGACAGACUGCAUCUGAAUCAACAGAAUGGAUCGCUCGUCAUUACUAAUAUUAGAGCCAACACCUCCGGAUCUUACGUAGUAGACAUCACCAAGAGCGGCAGCGGUUACACCACACACAAGACUUUCAGAGUUGCUUUCAUCAUUGAUGGAGAGAAUAGGGUGCCGGUGAUGGAGGGAAAUUCUAUCACCCUACAAUCCGGUAUUCCUAAAGUACACAAAGAUGAUGUUAUAACAUGGAGGAGUGAAUAUGGAGACUCUGUGAUAGCAAAAAUACAUAAUAGGAUCGGCGCUACAUUUGAUGGCGCUGAUGGGAGAUUCAGAGGCAAACUGGAGCUGGACAACAACGGAUCGCUGACUAUCAGGGACACAAGAACUGAACACGCUGGACUUUAUCAUCUUGAUAUCACCAGCAACCGACGCACCAUAUUCAAGAGAAUCAAUCUUUCUGUCCAUUCACAAGAUUGGCAGCCAUUGAUUAUAUCAGUAACUGGUGUUGCUGUUCUGCAUCUGGUCGUGGUUGGAGCUGCUGUUGUGAUUUGCUGUCGAAACAGAAGCCGUUUCUCAGUACCAAGUACGCAAACUUCGGACUUGCUUCCUUUGUAGUUCGGACUUGCAAGUUUGACUGAGGAGAACGAACUCCUGAGGACGAGAGGACUCAAGUCCGGUUCUUCUGCAAAUGGAAGAGAGCGUACUUGAUCGCGUCAUCAGCACGCUCUGGCUACUCCGGUUAUCUCUUUAUUAUAUAUUUUAGGCAACGAUAAAACGAAAUAUGUUAUAAAACACCACUGUGCCUCUUUUCGUUUAAAAAAAUCUUAAACAUAUUAGCCUAAUGGCCAUAUGGUGCAGGCAAUGCGUACAUUGAUUAUCUUCACCAGAGACUAUUGAUAUAUAUAUUUAAAACAAAAUGAACAAUCUUUUUGUUUUCAUUUUAAAAAUAUUAAUCAUUAUUGCUUUUUU